AUGCACUUCAAUCUAUUUCUUCUCGUCUGUGUGGCAAUCGGAGUGUUUGCCCACUCCGGCCCGCAUAAAGUCCCCCAUCGCUCUAUUGUCCAACGCCAGAACCAGCUGAGCAGACGGUGCGCCGAUCACGUGGCGAACUUCAACAAACGUCGCAUAAAUAGGCGCUGGGAAGCCUCAGGUCGGAAUGCCACGUUCGAGAUCACUACCGAAGCCCCGUUCUACGAAACUGUACAGAACGAUACGUGCGUACUCACACCGGAGGUGACCAGUGGUCCCUAUGUCUGGCCUAGGUCUCAGAUCCUGCGCCAGGAUAUGGCUGAGGACCAAGUUGGGGUUCCGCUGUGGCUUGAUAUCGGAGUGUUGGAUAUGGCGACCUGCGAGCCGCUUCCUAAUGCACUCGUUGACCUGUGGCACUGCAAUGCCACCGGCUCAUACUCGUCUUUCACAGAGCUGUCGCCAAACACGCCCUUUUCGGAGCUCCUAACGCAGCUCAAUAUCACUGGCUUUGAUGCGGGUGUGACAGAUUUGCAUACGGAUGACUCAACUUGGUUGCGUGGGAUCUGGCCCACGGAUGAGAACGGGAUAAUGGAGAUGAAGACUAUUUUCCCUGGGUUUUAUGUCGAUCGUGCAAUCCACAUCCAUGUCCAGGUUCACACUGAAUGGUCAACCAGAGAGAACGGUACCAUCAUUGCCGGCAAUACCAUUAGUACCGGGCAGCUCUACUUCGAGGAAGAGUUGGAGCAGAAGAUCAUGACUCUGCCGCCCUAUCUUUCCCACACUCAGAUUAACCGCACAAUCAAUGCUGCGGACUCGUUCUUUUCGGGGGGCACGAAGGGAGGGUAUAAUCCAGUGGUUUCUGUUGUGCCUGCUGAUGGCAAAGACGUGAGAAAUGGUGUGAUUGGGUAUAUCACUGUUGGUGUUGAUACUUCUGUCAUUGAGACUUUUGACAAAUAA